CUUGCUUCCGCCUCCUUGUGGUGGCUGCUUGUUGUUGUGAAGGCCAUAAUGGCGGCUCAGGCGGCUGCAGCGGCCCAAGCGGCUGCGGCCCAGGCAGCGCAGGCCGAGGCGGCCGAGUCGUGGUACCUGGCUCUUCUGGGCUUCGCCGAGCACUUCCGCACUUCCAGUCCGCCCAAGAUCCGCCUGUGUGUGCACUGCCUGCAGGCCGUGUUCCCCUUCAAGCCGCCUCAGCGCAUCGAGGCCCGCACGCACCUGCAGCUGGGAUCUGUGCUCUACCACCACACCAAGAACAGCGAGCAGGCGCGCAGCCACCUGGAGAAGGCGUGGUUAAUAUCACAGCAAAUUCCACAGUUUGAAGAUGUUAAAUUUGAAGCAGCAAGUCUGUUAUCUGAAUUAUAUUGUCAAGAGAAUUCUGUAGAUGCGGCAAAGCCACUGCUGCGGAAGGCGAUCCAGAUCUCUCAGCAGACCCCAUACUGGCACUGCCGCCUGCUCUUCCAGCUCGCGCAACUGCACACACUUGAGAAGGACCUGGUGUCAGCCUGCGACCUCCUGGGCGUGGGGGCCGAGUACGCCCGGGUGGUGGGAUCCGAGUACACACGGGCACUGUUCCUCCUCAGCAAGGGGAUGUUGCUGCUGAUGGAGCGCAAGUUGCAGGAGGUCCACCCACUGCUGACCCUCUGUGGACAGAUCGUGGAGAACUGGCAGGGGAACCCCAUCCAGAAAGAGUCACUGCGCGUCUUCUUCCUGGUGCUGCAGGUGACCCACUACCUGGAUGCGGGGCAGGUGAAGAGCGUGAAGCCGUGCCUGAAGCAGCUGCAGCAGUGCAUCCAGACCAUCUCCACACUGCACGAUGAUGAGAUCCUGCCCAGCAACCCUGCCGACCUCUUCCACUGGCUGCCCAAGGAGCACAUGUGUGUGCUUGUCUACCUGGUGACCGUGAUGCACUCCAUGCAGGCCGGCUACCUGGAGAAGGCUCAGAAGUACACCGACAAGGCCCUCAUGCAGCUGGAGAAGCUCAAGAUGCUCGACUGCAGCCCCAUCCUGUCCUCGUUCCAAGUGAUCCUUCUGGAGCACAUCAUCAUGUGCCGGCUCGUCACGGGGCACAAGGCCACGGCGCUACAGGAGAUCUCCCAGGUCUGCCAGCUAUGCCAGCAGUCCCCCCGGCUCUUCUCCAACCACGCGGCACAGCUGCACACACUGCUGGGUCUAUACUGUGUCUCCGUCAACUGUAUGGACAACGCGGAAGCCCAGUUCACCACAGCCCUGCGGCUCACCAACCACCAGGAGCUGUGGGCCUUCAUCGUGACCAACCUGGCGAGUGUGUAUAUACGGGAAGGAAAUAGACACCAAGAGGUACUAUACAGUCUGCUGGAGAGGAUAAACCCAGACCACAGCUUCCCCGUAAGCUCACACUGCCUCCGAGCAGCGGCCUUCUACGUUCGCGGGCUCUUCUCCUUCUUCCAGGGACGCUACAAUGAGGCCAAGCGAUUUCUGCGAGAAACUCUGAAGAUGUCCAAUGCGGAGGACCUGAACCGGCUCACGGCCUGCUCCCUCGUUCUUCUGGGCCACAUCUUCUACGUGCUGGGGAACCACAGGGAGAGUAACAACAUGGUGGUGCCCGCCAUGCAGCUGGCCAGCAAGAUCCCGGACAUGUCGGUGCAGCUGUGGUCAUCGGCCCUGCUGAGAGACCUGAACAAGGCCUGUGGGAACGCCAUGGACGCCCACGAAGCCGCCCAGAUGCACCAGAACUUCUCGCAGCAGCUGCUCCAAGACCACAUCGAGGCCUGUAGCCUCCCCGAGCACAACCUCAUCACGUGGACGGAUGGCCCACCCCCCGUGCAGUUCCAAGCUCAGAAUGGACCCAACACCAGCCUGGCCAGUCUCUUGUGAGGCCCCUGGAAAGGCCACCAGCUCCUCGGCCUGUGCGUCUCCACCUUCCACCCAGACAGCACUUGCACUCCCCCCGGAAGCUAGCUUCCUUCCCGACCGUCUCUAGAGCUUCCAAGUCCUAGGGCGUGUGCAGGGCCAGUUCCUGCUCUCCCAGCGGGGGCGGCUGGCCAUUCCUGCCUUGUGCCAGGACCCCUGGUGCUGAGGCCUGCAGGUGGACGUUGGAGCUGACUCCAGAGCCAUCCUUUGCCGUGGACUGAGCUGCCUGUCCUCGUCUGAGUCGCACUUGUCAGGGCGCAGUCUGGGCUGGGAGCGGGUACAGGUCCUGAUCCUGUGUGCCAGGUGGGCUGUACCUCAGGGGCAUUGUCCCCUGACCCUCCAUCACCUGGGCCUGGAUGCGAGGCAGGAGCUGGAGCGUUUCCUCUGCGCAAGACAGUUUCCAGAGUCUAAAGGCGAGAUACCAGUUUCUGGCCCAAAUUUGGAGGGAAGAAGUGAUGGCCAUGUGUGGGACAAAGCACACGUCCCAACAUUUUUCCUGGCUUGCCUUUCUCUCCAGCAUCAGUCCCUGUGACAGCCAAGGCCUCUGGUCAAGGGCCCUUGGGGAUGCAUGAACCCAGCUUCCAGACAUCUGCACCUUGACUGGAUUCACUGUCCCGCAACGGGGGUGUUGCACGUGACUGUAAACACAGGCGUGUGUGUAGUUGCACAGAGCUGGGAGCUGAGACCUGUGUUGGCGCCAGCCGCCUUCACCCAUCAUGCGGCUGCUGAGGGGCAGGAGGCAGGGGAGAGGGCACCUUGCCCAAAUCCAAGACUGUCUCCUCGGGCUGACUUUGGUGCUAGCACAGCCCCCUCCGACCUCGAGCCAAGGGGCCUUCUUCCUGGCAGCUCUGCAGCUUCCUCUGCGGAGGAUGUCUGUGGGCCAUGGCUCAGGCUCCUGGCCUCCUGCCAUUCCCUCAGGAGAGAGGAAGACACCUCCCCCUCCCCUGCCAGGUCUCUGGGGGACAGUGUCGACACCUCUUCCCCAGCCAGACCCCAGGGACUCCUUGCUGGGCCCGAACAGCAGCACUUGGUUUUAUGCUCUUGGAUAAUCGGAGAGGUGCCCCACCAGUGACAGUGGCAUUGGGAAUGGUGGCAGCUGGGAUCAGGGAUCAAGACACCACCCUGUCCAGGUUCUGGAGCCUGGGAGUGUCUCCCUGCGGCAGGGUGCUGGGGGUCUCUCGUCAGGGUGGGUGGCCGCUUCACACCCUGUUGCCCGUGCACCGUGAAGGCUGCUCCUGGGAUUGUGGGUGCCUCUCACCAAGGGGACCUUGGGAUCGCUCAGGUCAGCUGCUCAGACCCCUGAGUCCUGGGUGUGGCUUAGCCAUAGCAGGGCCACCGCCCACAGCCAGGGUGGCAUCAAGGACAGGCUGGUAGGGGCUUGUCCUCUGUGGACACACAGUCUCUGGGUCACCAGGGAGAGCCUGGCCCUGUCCUAUGCUGCCCUGAGGGGCGGUCCCCUCGGCCAACACCCACCCCAGGCCAGUGAGGCCAAUAGAAAAGUGUGCAGCCUUGGCCCACAAGCUGUCCCCAUCCUGUCUUCCUCCCCAGCCAUGACCUCUGCUGGCCCCACCUUGAAGGAGCCCCGAGGUCCUCCCCUCUGCCUCUGAGACGGCAACUUCCGUGCCUCCAGGAUCUGUUUCUGCCAGCUUGGACCCCACAGCGUCCUGCCUCUCCAGACCCACGUUCAUUCAAUCACGUUGUGCAUCAUGUUCGUUUCUGCCUAUUUAUUUAAGCCUUUCUUUGCUUCUAGGGCAUUUUGUAUGUAGAGCAAUUGAAAAAAGAACCUCAGAGCUUAACACCUGUCCUGAUGUUGAAGUGCUUUCAGUGACCACCCUGUUAUCUAUGUAUAUGUAAAGUUAAGGAUGAGAUUUUCAAGUUUACAAUUAAAAAUUCAGUACUCGAUA